AAAAAAAGUUCAAAAUCAGUGAUAAAACAUGAGGUCUUUAUAAAAUGUGAACCUAUUUUGAAUGGUAAUUUUCAGUGCUUUAUUUGCCAAUACCCACUAUUUUGUUUAUAAUAUAUAAUGUCGUAACGGUAAUAAGACUGUUUUUGGUUAACUUUAAACUAAUUUUAGAGAGACUCUUUUCUUUACCCUUCUAGCCCCCUCUGAACCUUCCCCAGACCUCCCAGGCUAAAUUAUUGAGAUUUGUUUGUGUUUUAGUAGUUCUACAGGGUUUACAAAUCCUAGGAGACUCUCUGUUUUAGAUGUGGUUCACAUAUCUCUUUGUUUUUGUCUUUUAUUUUUAUCGAAUGUAAACCUGUAGCUUUCAUGUGAAGAAAAUCCUGAGUGCUAUGGAGUUGUGUUUUUUUUGUAAUGGGUUUCCCAGGGGAAAAAAAUGCAAUCUUCGAUAGCAUUCAUUUAUGCAUUCUUUGAAAGCAUUGGAGUUUGUUGGGGGUUUUUUGUGUUGUUGUUUUUUUUUUUUCAGUGAAACCGGAUACCUCUGGCCUGGAUUUGCUUUAACUCCACCUCUAGGUGGAUCUGAGCUUUUCUAUGGGGGAAGUGCUUCUGAGUAAAUGAAAGUAAAACUUAGCUGCAGCCAUUUUAGUCUGCAAGCUGUGUAAUCUCCAUAGGACCAAAGGAAGAUGUUUUAUUUUCAUGCUAUCAAAGUUAUUCCUCUUUACUUUUAAACAGGGAUAUUAGACUGCAAGAGCUAUUAUACGAGCCAAAGAACUAGCCUUUGGAGGCUUACUGUCACCCUUAGCUCCUUUCUCCUUCUCUAGAGAGAAGUUUUCCUGUAGUUAAUGGAUUAGUUUACACCACGCGAGUUUCUUUUCUUGUGCUCAGAUAAGUGAGAUGAAUUAUGCUCAUCGGUAUGGACGAACUUCAGGGGUGUUCCCUCGACAGAUACCGUAACCAGCAGAUACAAGACUAUGAUCGCAGCAAACCCAGACAGCAGCUGGGGCAGGGGUUCUUUCCCGAUAGAUUCCGAAAUCAGCAGAUAGAAUUCCUGAGGGGACAACUCCUAGAAGUGCCCCUGAUCAGAGAGCAGGCAUCAACAUCUUUCCUGACCAGGGAGAGGCCAAGUUUUACAGGACCACCUGCUGACGUGAGGCAACCUGGGAACUGGAAUAUUGUAAGGCCACCUCCUAGCAGUUCCUCUCCCUGGAAAGGCUCACCUUCCCCAAGAGGCAGAGCCACAUCAAGGCAAGGUGUGGCUAAGCUUACCUUUAAUUUCCAACAGCUGUCUAUCAGUCAAAAUCAGGAGCAAAGGAUUCUAAAACUUUUAGGGGAACUUGGGGAAGGGCAGUCUGCUACAGUAUAUGAUCUUGCCAAGAAACUUGGGGUCCAAAAGAAGGAAGUAAAUCGAGUUUUGUACCAUCUGCUGAAGCAGGGGAAGUUACACAGGGAAGAAGGCACACCCCCUAACUGGAGUAUCCCGACCCCAUCCCAUGCUUGGAAACAGACUAACCAGGUUGUGAGACAAGCUGUCCGAAGAGGUCCAAACAAAAGCCCUAUUUCAGACUUGAAAGACGAAAGUUUCAUCCCUGAAUCCGAUCCACUUAGUUUUGUCAACAUGGCUGAUAUCAAGGAGAAAAUCUGUGCCUACUUAUUUGAUGUUCCAGAUUCCUCUGCCCUGAACUUAGCCAAAAACAUUGGCCUUACUAAGGCCCGAGAUGUAAAUACCUUACUCUUUGACUUGGAAAGGCAGGGAGAUGUUCGAAGAGAAGGAUUCACUCCUCCGAGGUGGUCACUGACAGAUAAAAAGCGAGAGAGGAUGCAACUUAAGAAAAAUGAAAAUAUCCCAGUAGACAGCCCUAUAUCCCAGACAGAUAUUGAGGUUGACCCAGGUAACUCAGAUGUCCCCAACACACUCACUGCUAGGGAAGAAGAGGAGAGUGUUGAGAAUGGACAUCAGCCACCAUCAGGGCCAACAGAGGAUGGCAAUGUGGGCGUCCCAGGAUUGCUUGAGGAACCCCCAGUUCAAGACAAUGACCCCUCAGACAUGAAGGUUGAAAAUGGUCAGUGGGCCACAGAUGACAUCCCAGAUGAUUUAAAUAGCAUUAAGCAGGGAGAUGACCUGCACACCAUAAUGGAUCUACCCAACUACAUGGCCCGUGUUGGUGCCUCAUCACAGUUCACAGCUAUCAAGAAACUGACAGCUUGCCGGCAGAAGAACCCAAUCAGUGGACUGUUAGAAUAUGCUCAGUUCACCUGCCAGACCUGUGAGUUCACGCUCUUGGAACAGAGUGGCCCAUCACACGAACCCAGAUUUAAAUACCAGGCUGUGAUCAGUGGCCGACGGUUCCCUCCAGCAGAAGCUGGCAGCAAGAAGAUGGCCAAGCAAGAUGCCGCUGCGAAAGCCAUGACAGUCCUAUUUCAAGAGUCUGGAGCCCAGGGGGAAGUAACCUCCGCAGCGGCAGCGCCACCAGCAGUGGCAGCGCCAACACCACCUCCACCGCCACCUCAACCUAUGGAAGAAGAACCAGAGAAGCCUUCAGCUCCAGAGCCUGAGCCCAGUCCCAUCAGCCCCUCGAGUAUUCUUUUUGGGAAGAACCCCAUUAGUGUAUUGAUGGAGCAUGUGCAAAAAUCCGGGAGCACCUGUGAAUUCCUUCUUCUAUCCCAGGAAGGCCCAGCUCAUGACCCCAAGUUUAAAUACUGCGUAAGGAUGGGGAGUCAGACGUUUCCAACCAUGAUAGCCAAUAGCAAGAAGGCAGCAAAGCAGAUGGCAGCUGAGGUGGCUGUGAAGGCUCUCUGUGGAAAUCCUAGCCUGAACCCUUGGACCAAGCAGCCGUGCAUUGACUACUUUAGUGAUCCUGCAUCCUUUGGCGGCUUAGGAGAGCCAGCACCCGGCAGGGCAAAGAAGAUUGGGGAUCUUAUCAAAUACCUGAAUGCCAACCCUAUCAGUGGCUUGUUUGAAUAUGCCAGGUCCAAUGGCUUUGCUGCAGAAUUCAAGUUGGUAGACCAGUCUGGACCUCCCCAUGAGCCCAAGUUCAUUUACCAAGCAAAAGUUGGGGGUCGCUGGUUCCCCGCUGUCAGCGCACACAGCAAGAAGCAGGGCAAGCAGGAGGCAGCCGAUGCAGCCCUGCGCGUCCUGAUUGGGGAGACAGAGAGGGCAAAGCGCACAGGGGGCAUGGGCAUUUCAGAGCUUCCUCUAACUGGUAGCACCCUCCACGAUCAAGUGGCCAUGCUGAGCCACCAGUGCUUCAGCUCCCUCACUUCACCCAUCCAACAUAGCCUGCUUGGCCGAAAGAUCCUGGCCGCCAUCAUUAUGAAGAAAAGCGAUGACGACCUGGGCCUCGUGGUUAGCUUUGGAACAGGGAAUCGCUGUGUAAAGGGAGAAGAGUUGAGUCUAAAGGGAGAGACAGUCAACGACUGCCAUGCCGAAAUCAUCUCCCGGAGGGGUUUUGUCAGGUUUCUGUAUCAUGAGUUAAUGAAAUACAGUCCCAUGUCUUGGAAAGACAGUAUAUUUGAGCUUGCCCAUGGAAAUAAGCUACAAAUAAAAAAGAAUGUGACUUUCCACCUUUACAUCAGCACUGCCCCUUGUGGAGAUGGCGCCCUCUUCGACAAGACAUGCAGUGAUCCUCCAGAGAGUUACAUGGACUCACAGCACCAGCCACUCUUUGAGAACCCUAAACAAGGCAAGCUGCGCACCAAGGUAGAAAAUGGAGAGGGUACAAUCCCAGUGGAAUCGAGCGAUAUCCUGCCAACAUGGGAUGGCAUUCAACAUGGAGAAAGACUGCGUACUAUGUCCUGCAGUGAUAAGAUUCUUCGUUGGAAUGUGCUUGGCCUGCAGGGGGCAAUGCUGUCCCACUUCUUGCAGCCUAUUUAUCUCAGCUCAGUCACUCUUGGUUACUUGUACAGCCAGGGACACCUGACACGGGCGAUCUGCUGCCGUAUGUCCAAAGACGAAAGUGCAUUCCAAGAAGGGCUGAAGCCUCCGUACGCUGUCAACCACCCUAAGGUGGGCAGGGUCAGUGUAUAUGAUUCUACAAGGCAGACUGGGAAGACCAAGGAGUCCAGUGUUAACUGGUGCGUGGCUGACAGAACUGAAAUAGAGGUCCUGGAUGGCACCAAAGGCAAAGUGGAAGGACCAAGACUUGAUGUAUCACGUCUCUCCAAGAGGAGCAUGUUCAGCCUGUUUCAGCAGCUAUGUGCCCAUCACAACCGCAAGGACCUACUGAGGCUUGUUUCCUAUAACGAAGCCAAGAAAGCUGCCCAGGACUACCAGGUGGCCAAGCAGUACUUCAUAAAAAGUCUGAAGGACAUGGGCUUCGGCAGCUGGAUCAGCAAACCUCUGGAGGAAAAGAACUUUUCCCUCUGUGAUGCAUAGUGUGCUCAGCUGGUUGUUCAGGGGUAUUUCAGGGUUUGGGGUGGGAGGUGGGUGGUAGCAUUCUUUAUUAUGUUGGUGUUUUGUUUUGUUUUGUUUUGUUUUUAGUGGACCCAAGAUUGCUAAUAUUUAGGGCUUUGGAUUCCCAUUUGUCCUGCCUCCUCUGAGGUUGUUCGGUAGGGUAGGAUGGGCGAGGCCUUGCCACCACCUGUAUUCCCAGAGAAUAGGCAGAAAUCUGUGGGGGAGAGAAGAGCUCUUCUGUCUCUAAUAAGCAAAAGCAAUCAUUGGGCAAAUGCAAGGUGGUCCCUCAAGCUUUUUCUUUGCUACAUUCACUUCUUGAGGUCUUGAUUAGGUUCCAGUCAACUCUUUGUGAUUCAAAGACUGAUAUAAUUGGUGGUUUAUCCCAGGUCCUUUGGCUUCUCCACCUUCUCUUCUUUCCCCUUCCUUAAACUGUCUGGCUACUCCACAUUUCCCCCUGAGGAGGGUGAACGCAGUGGUGAAUUUCAGGUAUUGGGCAGAAUAUUUGCAAAGAGAAGAAAGGCUGAAGUGAAGAAAGGUUAUCUGUGCCAGUAAAGGAAAGCAUUAGUAUAAUCAAGAUCUACAGCUAAUCUACCCAAAAAACCUGGUAGUCACGUGUCCUUCUACCCAGUUGAGAGUGGGUGGAUGUGGAAAGCAUAAUACUGACUCAUAGCAAUAACGGGAGGGAAGGAGCAGAGUAGGAAAGAAACUCUCCUAGGGCUACAUGUUUAGUUCCUCGGUGCAGUAGGGGCAAGAACACUACUGGAGGGGGCUGGAGCCCCCAAAUCCUAGCUAUUAUUAAGCCCCGCUGCUGAUAGUUGCUUUCCAUAGUAAUUUCCUUACUAAAGGUAAGAGGGCCUUUACCCCAAAACAGCUGAGUGGGACAGUGCCUGGGUCAGAUCCCAAAGGUGGUGUAUAACCUCCUCAGCCUAAAUCUUCAAUCAGUGGGGAACAAAAAGAAGGGCAUGACAGUUGCCAUGCUGGGGGAUCAGACCAGCUUCAGGUCAGUCAAGUACUAGAUCUCUUGCCAGCCAGGCCAAGGAACAUUGACUUGUGUUGGCAAAAAUAGGGGGUUUAAAAAUACAUGUUAUUAAUUUUUCAUUCCCAGAAGUAACCAAGAAUUGUCAUUCAAGUUUAAAAUUAGUACCUUAAUCCUUCAAUUAUAUUAGAAGUAUCUCCAUGUGGUUUUGAUCAUUGAUUUCUAGAGAUGACUCUUGACUAGUACAAAGGCCCAUAGGAUGGUUCCUUUCCCCUGCUUGUUGGGGAGAAAGUGGACAUUGUAAGCAAAAAGCAAGGUUUCCUGAAAUUGCUGACUUAACUCUGAGUUAGAUGCUCAGGCCCAGUGUCUCCUUGGCCCAAGAUAUUCUUGUCUGCACCUCCAUCACCAACUCUCAAGUUGGAGUAAAGAUUAGCCAGAUAUCUCAGGGAGAAUAGCAAAAAUAUUUCACCCUUAACAUCUGUCUUUUCUCUAGCUCUCCCUAGAAUGGUACUGAUACAGUUAUACCUGUUAUCUUGCCAAGACAUACUCCUUCCCAUUGUCCAAGCAAUCCCCUGGUCCAACUAUCUGUUCAUACCUCCACACCUCCAAAUAUAUAAACGCAAGCAUAAACAUGCACACAUUCAUUUUUAUAUCUACAUAUAUAUGUAUCUGUGUACGCACACUUGCUAUGUAGCUACUACAGUCUGUCUUCUUAAUCAGAAAUUAAGGAGAGUGAGGAAAGCCAGGAUGUCAUGACAUGGUAAGAGUGUCUUUGUGGCAAACCAGAAUGUCCCUAGGAGCAUGUUGAAAAAUAGUGCCCUUCUUUGUAAAGAAGGGCAAAAGCUCUUGGCCCCUGCCUCCAAUACUUUUCAUCCCUUUCAGUCAUAGGUUGGAUGAAGCUGGUAAUAUCCUGGUACUUGCCCCAGGGGGCAGUGAGGUCUUGUGACUACUGUAAUUAGGAAUCUCCCAGACAGGAAGUUCUUUUAUCCCGGGUCCCCAGAUUAAGAGCAUUAUUAUCUCUUUCUUCCUCCUUCAUUACUCGUUGAUAGAAUUGGAGUGUUUGACAACCCCCACCACAGUCUGCUUUGGUUGGAUAUUAGAAACCCUCAGCAAAACAUACUUUGUUGGCUCUGGUCCACACCAUGUAGAAUGGUGAACGUUGUUUUUAUGAGAAGGCUGCAAUGUAUCAAACAUACCUCCGUCCCUUACUAAUGAUUCUGUUUGUGUUGCAGGAACAUUGGGCAAAGGAAUGUGUGUUUGAGACUGUGGUAAUCCUGCCCCACUCUCUCCUUCCUACUUCAUUCACACAGACGCCCUCCCCUCCUUUGUCUGCUGCUGAGCAAUGGAGAAGGGGAAGGUGGAAUUUCCCAGGGAUGGAUCUGAUGCCAUUUUAUGAGGUCUCUUCUUGGAUCUUUAGCCCCUUUAUCAUGAUCCUUCUCAACCUUCCUCCCAAAAGGGGGGUAAAUGCAAUGAUUGGUAAGCCUGAACAGUUGCAAUUGUAUAUCCCUUAGAGAAAUCACUUAGCAUAAAUUAUCUCCACCUGAACCAAUUUCCCUUUUGAACCUGAGGGUUAGUUUGCUGUUGGGAGUGGGGGGCCUUUUGGCAAUAGCUCUUGAGAGCAGAACAGAGAAGCAAAUGUAAAUGUGAGAAAACUGACCACAAUAUACUUGUUUUAUAAUUCUGCCUUUAAGUAUCCCUAGAUAUCAGUGAUUGAAGAUAUACAUUCCUCAUAAGAAAUAAAAGAAACUUUCUGUAUUGUUAGACAACCUUAGUUCUGCAACUCAUUUGGUGAGUUAAAAGUUCAGAGAAGGAACCCUAAGACCUAGGAUUUUUUUUUAAAUGCUGAGGAGCUGAUUGCAAACCUGUUCUGAAGAGAGAGCCAGUGCAUCUGUUUGACAGCAGAAGGAAGCAUUUCAAAGGCGCUGCCUGGAACAAAGGGAAGCUGCUUCAGCAGCCCCCCCAGAAGGGGCUGUAUUUGCCCUUAGAAAUGUCCCAGAUGGCUUAUGUGCUCCAGCCCCAACCCCAGCUUGCUCAUCUGUCUCCUCUCAUUUGCAUCACUUCUUCCACAGGGCCUUGGUCUACUUUUUUUUAAGGUCAGAGUAUAUUGUACACCUAGAUUCAGCUUUGACUGCUUGUUUUAAUGGAAUUGGACUUUGGCCAUUUGCUUUUUAAUACAUUGAUAAUACCUUGAA